ACUGACUACCCCAUUGGAAAAAUGGCUGCUCCGGUGGCAGUAGCGGGUUCUUCCCCCGGUCUCUGCCCGAGCUUUGCUGUCGUCUGUUCAUUCUUGGAGCGUUACGGUGCGGCAUUGGACUUACCUGAGUUGACUUUCCCACAAAUGGAGCGAUACCUACAGGAGACAUCGAUAGUACCCAAGCCUCUGGUUGAACUUCAUGUGAAGCUGCUUAGGAAGAUUGGGAAAUGUGUCACACCAGACAGAUGGGAAAAGUACCUUGUGAAGGUUUGUCAGGAGUUCAACUGCACCUGGGCAUGGGAACUUGAAAGAAAAGGUUACUCUGAGAUGACAGUGGAAUCCAAGACUGAAAUUCUUAAGUACUUGUGCGAGUGCCAGUUUGAUGACAACAUCAAAUUCAAGACGUCAGUGAAUGAGGAGGACCCGGACAGGAUGAGACUGCAGCCUAUUGGUAAAGACAAGGAGGGUCUGAUGUACUGGUUCCAGCUUGACCCAGAGCAGAACGUCCGCAUCUAUGUUGAAGAGCAAGAUGAUCUGGAUGGGGCCUCUUGGAAAUGCAUCGUUAGGAACCGAAGUGAUUUAGCGCAGACCUUGGAGAAGCUCAAAGCCCAGAUAGAUCUUGGAAGUGCUGAGAAAAAUCAACAUGGGGGCUCGACCUGUGCAAGUCCUUUGCCUGAAGAUGGCGGAAACGAUGCCGACAACAAGGAGAAUAAAACAGAGCCAGAGAUCAAAAAAGAACCCAGCGAUGGCCCGAAAAAUGAGGAACCAGUUAUCACUGAACUGCCUGUCUCAAGGGACAGCAAAGAAGCACCAAGGGAGCAAGAGGAAAAAUUGAACAGCGUCGUUGAAAAAGACGAAGACAACAUCGAGAUGGAGAUGAAGGUCAUCAAUAAAACAGAGGUCAAAUCAGAGGUCAAGUCAGAGGAGAAACCUGUCAUAGACAACAGGGUCAGCACCAUUAUGACUCUUGUCAAAGAGGAGUCUAAAGAUUCCGAGGUGGCAUGGAACGCUGUCUCCGUUGUCAUGGCACCAGGUUCGAUAAAAAAAGACGGCAGAGGAGGCGUAAAGGCAGAGGUUCGAGGAGACGAGUCAGGUGAACGGACCUUGGAGCAGGUGGAGAGGGCCUUGAAGAGUGACCAACAAGCCAAGAUACCUCUGAAGAAGAGAGAGUUGAAGCUGAGUGAGGGGUUUGGGAACAGCAUGAACAACAGUAAUAGUAAUCAUCACCCCAACAACAGCCUAAACAAUAACGGCACCAUGAGCUCUGGUAUUAUUGUCCGCAACCCCUCUGUCUUAGCCCUCAAGGGCCCAUCAUGGACACCUCGUGAGGAAGACUCAAAUGGAGAAGAAGGAAGGGCAGUGGUGUCUAGCAGUGUGUUGGAGACCACAGGUGUAGGCCUAAAGAGAGAUGCCAGGCUGAGCCUUUGUAAUGGCGAAAUGGCUCCAGGAAGGAACUUGAGUCCAAAUGUACGAGAGCACCGCAGCAUGAGUGUUGGUGUGAUAAUGGGUCCCGUGGACAGAAGGAAAUCGUACGUAGAGCCAAAUAUCCCCGUCAUUGAAGACAAAGGUGGAGUAGUUGCAGUGAAUUGCAUCAAAACGGUUGCAAGCCACAACAACAAAGAGAGGACAGGGGAUCCCACUGUCCAAGUCGAGAGGAUUCCGAGUCCUGGCGCUGUGCGGCGUCAGUCUGUCCUGGUAAGGAAAGCCGCGACGCCUGACAGUGUUGUGUCACUGUUGACGGAUGAUGGCUUUGAAAGCCAAGGCUCCAGGAGAUCUGGGAAUGACCUCGGCAAAGUAGACAAAAACAGUUCUGGUCAGGUGAAGGAGAACUCUUCCUCCUGCCCAGAAAUCAUUUCUAUCGACGAUACUAUAGACGUCGACGACCUCUCUAAGACCUCAAGUCCUCAGGCCAUUGAAGAUGUUGCACUGCACUCACCAGCUGAGAAUGACAUUGAUGAAGACGAAAAGGAGAAAAUCGUUGACAUGGCUGAAAGCCAGAGCAAAGCAAAGGACGAAAGUAAAACCCCAGAAGGCAUUGAACGGAGCCCCAGAGCUUUGUCUAAAGACUCCGACAGUGGCAGCAGCGGCGAUGACGACGGCUCAGAAGCAGAAGGGCUUCCGGAGGGUACCGAUGAAGUCUCCUCGGAGAUCCAGAAGGAGGGCAUACGUCUGAAGAUCAAGAUUCCGAUGCACCGCAGAACCCCCGAGUUUCAGAGGGAGCGCACACCGGACCCGGACCCUGAGCCGGAGCAGGAGCAGGAGCAGCAGGAGGCUAGUGGCGACGGGCACUCCCUGCGGCGCUCCGCCCGGAUCUGCCGGCCCAGCCCCAAGCUGGCAGAGAUCCAGGACAGGAGGCAGGAGAAGAGCGGCAAGCACGCAGCAGCACCCUCUGGAGCUCAGGAGGAGAAGGAGCCCAGAGAGGGAGACAUGAAGAAGACGACGUCUCAGAGGAGAGAGAGUCCCAGGAAGAGCGACUCGGAUGGACAGCACAAACUUGGGAAGGUACGAAGGAGACAUAGGAGACCUAGAUGGUCCAACCAGCGAUGUAAGGCUCGCAAAAAGGGACCGGGUGAAGGAGGGGAGGAACUGAUGGAGGCGUGCAGGACGAAGGAGAGCAGUUACCAGUCCGACAGGGAGCAGCAUCCCAGUGACCCUGAGGUGACCUUGAGGACUAAACCGAUGACGGCCUAUGACGACCCCUGCACUCACUGUGGUCUCCCCAAUCACCCAGAACUGAUCCUGCUCUGCGACCUUUGUGACCAUGGUUACCACACAGCCUGCCUAAGACCUCCUCUCAUGAUCAUCCCUGAUGGGGAAUGGUUCUGUCCCCCAUGCCAGCAUAAACUGCUGUGCGAGAGACUGGAGGAACAGCUGGCGAACCUUGACACUGCCCUGAAGAAGAGAGAGCGAGCCGAGCGGAGGCGAGAACGGCUGGUGUAUGUGGGCAUCAGUGUUGAAAACAUCAUUCCUACACCAGAUGGAGAACUAGAGGGAGAAAAGAUGGACAAAAAGAAGAGCACAAAGAAAAGCAAAAACCUGGAGAGGAGAUCAACACGAACCAGGAAGUCCAUCAGUUACAGGUUUGAUGACUUUGACGAUGCCAUUGAUGAAGCAAUAGAAGAGGACGUACGGGAGACAGAGACGGAAGGUACUGGUCAAGGCAAUGACAUGGCCACAAUUGCAGGUAAACAGAAGAGGGAGGAGGGCAAGGAGAACCAGCGACCGGCCAAACCCCUAGCCGCAGCAGUAGCUCGGAGGAAGAAGCGGAGGCGACUGAAUGACCUGGACAGCGACAGCACAGUGGACGAGGAGGAGAGCGAGAAUGACUUCAACCUCAGCAGCAGCACGGACGAAGAGGACUUUGUGGUGUCUGGCGACGAGGCUCCCAGCGAUGUUGACGUCGGCUCGAACGACUGCAGCGACUGGGGCAGCACAGCCAGCAGACCCAGCCAGACGAGGCGGACGAGGAGAACUGCCAGCGUUGGUCAGGCACGUACAGCCUUGAGCAGGACCAGGGGCCGGACCCAGGGCAGGGGCAGGAGCGGACGAAGCAGACACAUCUCCCAUAGGCACAGAGGGGGCCUGUCGGACGAAGAGGAGGAGGAGGAGGAUGAGCUGGAGACUGAGGAAGAGGAGGAGGAGAUGGAGACGGAGGGCUCGAGUGACUGCAGUGACAGUGACGUGAGCACUCGGCGGCGACGCUCACGGCGGAGCCAGAGGAGUGAGGUGAACUACUGUGAGACGUCCGAGUCGGAGGGCUCUAAGAAAGGUACCAAGAAGCAGAAGCAACCACAACCGCAACCACACCGCAGACGCCUGUGCAGUUCCAACAGCGAGGGCUCUGCAGAAGACGAGAAGGGAGAAAAGGAGGAAGAGGAGCAGCAGAGGAGGAGGAGGAGAAGAGAGAGGAGGCAGGAGUUUGUAAAGGAUGACUCCAGGAGGCUUCCUCUGAAGCGGCGGAGGCACUCCAGUGAUGAAGAGAACGACAACAACAGCGGCGCGCCGGACGACUCUGACGACGACUCAGAGGAAGAGCGCCCGGUCCGCAAACGGUUAAACCGAAUCGAGUCGGAGGAUGAGGAAGAGGAGGAGGAGGGAGGCGAGGAGGACGAGAGGGAGGAGGAUGAAGAGGAAGAGGAGGAGGAGGAUGAGCGAGAGAUUAAAAAAGCAUCUAGUAUUGGGACAAACGCCAGCAUACAGUCACCAAACAGACACAGUGCCAGCGCUGGACGUAAGCGUGGAGGUGGUGGUGGUGGCGGCCAUCUUGCCUCCAAGAACAAUGCCUCGAGCCGGCAUAACGGCCUGGCCCCUCAGAGGGCCUCCGCUCAGGAUGAAGACGAUGACUUCUACGACGGGGUCACAGACAUUGUGCACUUGGUUUUCAACAGCGAACAGGCGCUGUGAUCACCGUCCAUGGUUCAUCCACCUGUGCGAGCCGGCGCGUUCGUUCUUUCGUUCGUUCGUUCGUUCGUUCAUUCAUCUUCUUCUUAUUUGCCUUUUCACAGACUCCCAGCCUUUAAAAAAAAACAAAAAGACUCCACUGGGUGUUACUACGUUUGUUGCCAUCGGUUUCACCUGGUUUCUAGCUGUCUCUGGACCAAAACAUAAGUCUACUGAUGAUUAUGCUGUUCCCUAGUUGAGUGCUAACCCUGUGUGUGUUGUGUCUGUGUGAAAGUGAUGUAUGUAUCGGCUCUUUUCCACAGCCAGUUUUCUGGUAGGCCUACAGCUCGACACAGCGCAAUUCGGCCACCACUUUUCUGCUUUCCGAUUGGGCACGACACCACUCAAUCGAAAGGCAAAAAAAAAGUGGCGUCCGAGUCGCGCUUGUGUCGAGUUGUAGGCCUACCAGGAAACCGGCUGUGGAAAAGAGCCUCAUGAGUGCUCUCCCAAGUCCUCAGCUUCAUCACACCAUAAAACGCAUGCACUUUCAGACAAGCAGCUGUAGUUUCUGGACUUCUGUGGACAUGAAAAAAAAAACAGUACAGUACAUGGCCUCCACAUGUGAAAGCACUUUGUUUAGUUGUUAAGGCCAGUCAUUUGUCGUCUGCGUGUCAACAGAGGCCAAGCGCCUCUGUCCAGUGUAGAUAAAUGCUGUAUAUAAUUCAGCUUGUGCAGUAACGUGUUCAUCAGAAAGUUAUGGUCUUGGAAGUUAUUUUUUGUGUGUUUUUGUCCUUGUAAAAGAGGUUUAUAUUUUAUAUGAGACAGGAAUAUGGUCACGCUGACAACUUAAAGACUGCAGAAUGCACAGAGGUCCCCAUAUGAAAUUGUCAUGAAGUAGAUUGUUACAUACUGUAGAACUGAAAUAUCUCCGGACUUGAUUGAUAUUUAAACUAUGGACACUGAAGACGAUGUAAUCUAAUCAGGCCUGUAUAGCACACCAGUUCGGCUACCAGAGUGGUUGGUGAUUUUAGAAAACAAAGUAAGAUUCUUAACAUGAUUUAGUUUGAUAAACAUUUUAUACAAGAAAGUCUGCUUUUAAGUUAUUUCACAAAAAUAUCCCCAGGUAUUGAUAACGGUUUAAAUCCUGCUUUUAAAUAUCACCAUGCAUAAGACUGCAUGAGCUGCGUAGUCAGUCUUUUGAUCUUGUUACUUAGAAUCACACAACAAAAGUAGAUUUUCUUCCCAAAAAAUUUGAUGUCGAUCCCUCUAAAGUUUUCCUCAAAUUUAAGGUGUGUCUCCACUGUGUGUGUCCAGAACAAUUUGGAGAAGAAAAAAAGGAAAACUGGAUUUGAAAUGCACUUUUUUAUACGAGCACCUUCAGUGGCACUUUGCCAUACACAGUUGUCCCUGCAAAUUCAGAAACGCUUUUUGGUCCAAAGCUUUGUUGUGCCCUUUGGUCUCUGGUUUGUUCCACCAUGUUCUAGAGGGUUUACCUUCAAACUGCUACUCUGCGAAAAUCUGCCUCAUUCAAAUCGCUGAAAGCAAGUUUAUUUAGUACACAUCAUUAUAAUGGUUGCCUUUGUCUGCUGUUGGGUAACAUGGUGUCUGAUUUAGUUCAGUUCUUCAUGCUUUUCAACAUAUUUAGUUAAAAUUCCAGUCCAGUUCAGACUAAUAAAACAUAGUAAAAUACAUUAAAAACACAAUUUUUGUGAGUUCUGUGUGUAUAGUAAAAAAAUGUGUAUCAUAGAUGUUCUUUUUUGUAAUUAAAUGCUGCUCAUAGAACCCC